CGAGUGUUCCACCACUUUCCACCGACAUUUCCCAGUCCAAUGCCGGUUUGACGGAAUCAAAACAAAUAUAAAAUCCAAUACAUCAAUCCCGUGUGUUACAAAAGCAUAAUAAACCUCGAAUAAGUGCAUAAUGAGUCGUCGUAAGCGGGCCAAGGUUGAGUAUCGAGAGAUGGAGGAGAAAUACAAUCAGCUGGAGGAUGAAAAUGCAUCGGACACAUCGGAGAAAUCGAAAACUGGCCUUGGUACACCGGAGAAAAAAUUGUUGAAUGAACAGGCCAAGGUCAGUGAGCCACCAGCUCCAAUAGCAGCGACAUCAGCCCCCAAAAACGAGGUCAAGGAGGAGGAUGAGCAGGACAGCGAUCAUGAGGACCCUCACGUUAAAGAGCUUCUGAAUGGGCUGGAGGGAGCUGCCUUCCAGAGUCGUCUUCCUUUCGAUAAAUUAACGUCCACAGAGGCUGUUUGCUUCCCCGAUAUAUCGUCUGGACCUCCGCAGACGCAGAAAGUGUUUCUUCACAUUAGAAAUCGAUUGCUCCAGUUGUGGCUGGAGAACCCCAAGCAACAGCUGAUCAUUGAGAAUGCUCUACUGGCUAUUGAACCACCGUAUAACAGCGAUCCCGUCCUCACGAGACGCAUCCAUGCAUUCCUGGAACGUCAUGGAUUCAUCAAUUUUGGUGUAUUCAAACGGUUGAAGCCUAUACCAACGAAAAAAUUGGGGAAAGUCAUUGUGAUUGGUGCGGGGAUCGCUGGACUCGCUGCUGCACAGCAGAUGCAGCAGUUUGGGCUUGAGGUUAUUGUGUUGGAAGCAAGAGAUCGUGUGGGUGGGAGAAUUGCAACCUUCAGAAAGUCUUCGUACAUAGCUGAUUUAGGAGCCAUGGUGGUUACUGGGUUAGGUGGAAAUCCUGUAACGACUCUGAGUAAACAAAUUAGUAUGGAGUUACAUAAGAUCAGGCAGAAGUGUCCGCUUUACGAGAGUGACGGACAGACUGUACCGAAGGACAAAGAUGAAAUGGUGGAAAGAGAAUUCAACCGAUUAUUGGAGGCAACGUCAUACCUCUCGCAUCAGCUUGAUUUUAAUUACAUCGGGAAUACCGGACAGUCAGGUAAUACAACGAGGCCAGUCUCAUUGGGCCAGGCAUUGGAAUGGGUAAUUAGACUUCAAGAACAGGGCGUCAAGCAGCGUCAAGUUGCUCAUUUCAGCUGCGUACUUACCCUCCAGAAUAGACUCAUUGCUAAUCAGCAACGUAUGAUUGCCAUUAAGGAGAGACUGGCCGAGCUUAACAAGCAGUACAAAGAGAUGACAGAGAGCAAAUUACAAACACGAGAUAUUACUCAGGAGUUUGUACAACGGUCAAAGUUGAGGGAUGUCCACAAUGCUUGCAAGGAGUGGGACCAGCUUGCUGAACAGCAGAAGGAGAUUGAGGCAAAGUUGCAGGAAUUGGAGGCCUCUCCACCCAGCGACGUUUACCUGUCAUCAAAAGACCGCCAGAUUCUCGACUGGCACUUUGCAAAUCUGGAAUUCGCCAACGCCACCUCAUUAUCAAAUCUCUCGCUGAAGCACUGGGACCAGGACGACGAUUUCGAGUUCACUGGGAGCCAUCUGACCGUCCGCAACGGUUACUCCUGCGUUCCAGUUGCCCUAUCCGAGGGCUUAGACAUAAGAUUGAAUACAGCUGUGAGAGCUGUGAGAUACGGUGUAAAUGGUGUUGAAGUUUGGGCAGCACCGUCUCGCAGCUCUCACACCAAUCCCACUGUGCAUAAGGCCGAUGCUGUAUUGGUGACUCUACCACUGGGGGUACUGAAAGCGUCAACAGCACCAUCGGCAGUGGCAUUCAAUCCACCACUGCCGGAUUGGAAAUCCCAGGCGAUUCAGCGACUUGGCUUUGGCAACCUCAACAAGGUGGUCCUCUGCUUCGAGAGAAUCUUCUGGGAUCCCACUGCCAAUUUGUUCGGUCACGUUGGCAGUACGACGGCAUCGAGGGGUGAAUUGUUCCUCUUCUGGAACUUGUACAAAGCACCAGUGCUCUUGGCCCUUGUUGCGGGCGAGGCAGCCUGCGUCAUGGAGAAUGUGAGCGACGACGUCAUCGUUGGGCGCUGCAUCGCUGUGCUGAAAGGAAUAUUUGGAAACCAAGUCGUGCCACAGCCACGCGAGAGCGUUGUAACAAGAUGGCGUGCAGAUCCCUGGGCACGUGGAUCCUAUAGUUUUGUUGCUGUAGGUAGCUCUGGAAGUGACUACGAUUUACUCGCUGCACCCGUUGCACCACCGCCACCACCGAAUCAGCCCGCAGGGGCUACACCACCACCGCCCAGAGUUUUCUUCGCUGGAGAGCACACGAUUCGCAACUAUCCAGCAACCGUGCACGGAGCAUUUUUGAGUGGAUUAAGGGAGGGUGGUCGUAUAGCGGAUCAACUCUGCGGAAGUCCUUAUGCACCACCGAAUUCCCCGACUUCCGGUGUUCCCUCAAGUGGAGUAUCAUCGGCAACCACAACAGUCGGGUCUGCGCAAUAACACUAUUAUUCACGCGAAACUACCAGCCCCCCGUCCCAUCACCACAAUAUUAAAUCCCCCUAUCCCGUAUCGUAUUAUUCACAUUUUGUUUUUUUUAUCAUGGAGCAGUAAACGUGGAUUCCACGAGAAUACAAAAAUGAAGCCGAAAAAAAAUGACUCGAAAAUAACACGAAAUACUCGACUUUUUGUUCCACAGCAUUAAUUUGAAUUUUAUGCUGAAAGUUUCAACGGCAUCCGAUUAUUUAGUAUCAUUUCGUUACGAUAGCCCACGAAUCCUCGUGUUUAUUGAGCACUUUUCAUUUAUUGGUUUCAAACUUUUCUAUUAUGAUCUCCAGUUUCGACGAAUACGGAAAAAAACGAAUAAAAAGCUCCAAUUUAUCGUAGAUUCAUAUCGACGAAUCUGUCUGAAUUUAUGUUCAUUGUGUGUAACCAAUAUUUUUUCUAAAUAAAGACUUAUGCAAACGUA